CUCCAGAUUCUUCUGGUUCUUGGAGGUGCUCUGAGGGGGGAGGGUCUCUCCUCCUCACUUUGGGGGAGGAAGCAUCUUCUCUCCGGACCGCCCUCCUGCUUUGUGUUUGCAGGAUAUUCUAGCAGCUUCCACAGAUAUCUCGGGGGUGUGAGGGGGGCGGGGUCAGCAGGUAUAAAACUCGCGCGCUGAAAAACGCGGAACACGUUGAAGAAGUUCAGUAAAUCGAUUUAUUUGCUUCUACCUGACCUGACCUGACAUGGCCGAGAGAGAGAUCCCCUUCACCCUGGCCCGCGCCCUGAGCUGGGACCCGUUCCGCGACUGCAGCCGCAUCUUCGACCAGGCCUUUGGGCUGCCGGCCCUGCUGGAAGAUUUCCCCACUUUCCCCAGUACCCACUGGCCGGGCUACCUGAGACCAUCCCACAUGAAUCCAGACAUCAUGUACCCCAGCCAAAUGCUGGCCCACCACGCCCGGGCCCUGUCCCGUCAGAUGGGCAGCGGGAUGUCUGAGAUCAAGCAGACCGGCGACAACUGGAAAGUGUCUCUGGACGUCAACCACUUCUCCCCUGAUGAGCUGGUGGUCAAGACCAAGGAUGGAAUCUUGGAAAUUUCUGGAAAGCAUGAAGAGAGGAAGGAUGAGCAUGGCUUCAUUUCUAGAAGCUUCACUAGAAAAUACAGCCUCCCACCCACAGCUAAUGUGGAGAAGGUGACUUCCUCCCUCUCUCCUGAGGGGGUCCUGACUGUGGAGGCUCCCAUCAUCAAGCCGGCCAUCGAGUCGUCCGAGAAAACUAUUCCUGUGAAUGUGGAAAGUGCUGUGGCCAAGAAGUAGAGCUGUGCAGUGCCUCCACACCAGACCACGCUGACACUAAACGCUGGUGAUGAAGAAGCUCCGGCUCGUGGCUUUACCUUUUUGCUCCUUGUUUUACAGCAAUGAGCCGAGCACAUCUGUACUACUGCCACACGCCAACUUCUUGGUCACGUGUUUUUUGUGAUUCCAUGUUGAUUUAAAAACACAUUUGAUAUUGACGUUUUAUAAGUCUUGGUAUUUCCCUGUUAGUGUCAGUUUCAGUGUUAUCUGUGGGUUGGAAUGUUUAUUAAAAAUGUCUUUGAAAGUUAUUGAAAUAAAGACUACAAAUAAUAAAAAAAAAA